AAAUAAAUCGAUGAAUCGUUUGCAUGUUGUCUGUACAUAAUAAUUGCGAAUUUGUUGUGACAAAAUAAUUUGUUUAAUUUAAGAUAUAUAAAAAUUUCUAAUGUACACUUAACAACAACGAAAGAUCUAUACAGUUAUUCAUGUGAAUCAUGCGUUGUCAACUAUGUCAAAUAGCAGUUGGUGGAUUUGAUGAACUGGAGGAUAUAAACAAAAAAACUCCUUUCUCUAGAAAGUCUAUCCGCGCAAUUAUAACUUAUUUAGCGAAAACAGCUAAACCCGCUAUAGAUGUGCCAUGGAGUGGUGACACCUAUGCCAACAUAUGUAAAAUUUGUGUUAAUGACAUCUUAAUUUAUGACGAGUAUAUGGUAAAACUAUUAGAAGUACAGAAACGGAUUAUUUCGUCUUUGCGAAAUCCGCCGAUAAAUGAAGAAUACCUUGUGAUUCAAUCAUUAGACGAAUCUAUGAGCAAUGUUGAUUUAAAAAUUGAAAAGGUUGAAAUAAGUGUCGAAGCUAAUAUUGAAUCAAGUGAUUGCGGUAAUGAUGAUGGAAAUAACUCUUCGCUUGAAGAUAACGAAAUAAAAGAAACUGAUGUAAAUUACAAUGAAGAUUUUGAAAACGUCGAAGAUUUGGAAGAUUUAAGUGAAUUAGAUGAAAUUGUUGAGGAAUCUACCCCAAACAAUCGGCGAUGCAAUGUUCCGGUAAAUUGUCACGUAUGUAACAAAAUUUUUAAAAAUAAAACUCAGCGACGUCGCCAUGUAAACGUUGUACAUAAGCCCACUAAACAAAUUUGGAAAUGUGAAAUUUGCGGAAUUACCACGAAGGAUGAAGAAUACUUAGAAUUGCAUAAGAAUAUUCAUGAAGGAAAAUCAGAUUUAGAGUGUCGAUACUGCAACAAACGGUAUACCCGAAAAAUCAAUGUUAUACGGCAUAUGCACAAGCAUUGGGACAAAAAGAAAUUUCAGUGCGAAAGAUGUGGUUUAAGAUUCUCCGAGAGGCCAAUUUAUUAUAACCACAGAUUGCAACAUGAAGCAGAGGAAGACCCCCUUAUUUGUGAAGUGUGUAAUCAAUCGUUCAAAACUCGGCGCACGUAUAGGAACCAUUUGUGGGUGCAUCGUGAAGAUCGACCACGUUAUAGCUGUGAAAUUUGUGGCAAGACUUUUGUUGAAAAAUAUACACUUAAAGUGCAUCUGAGGUGCCAUAAUGAAAAAGAGGAAGAACGUAGUACUGGACGUCGGAAAAUCAUAAAUGAACCACGGCAGGAGGAAAAAACCUUUGAAUGUGUCAUAUGUGGCGAGCAAUUUUCCUCUAAAGAUUUAUGUGAUCAACACAUGAAAGUUCAACACGAUGUAAUUUUGAGAGCGGAAAAUAUUUUUAUGUAAAAUAAAUUUAUAAGCUCAUG